AUUUACUUUCAUAACGUUACGAUGUUCUAAUUUUAUACACUUUAAUAAUAGAAGUGUUCAUUUUUAAUUUGCAACUGAAUGACUGUAUUUCAUGUUCACCCGAGUUCAUCGUAGUAGAAGAAAAUACGCACCGGCAUCAUCGCUUAGAUCAGUUCUUGACGUGUAUUGCUGAAAAGUCCCGUGACAGCAUUCACACGAGCUCUCGCGUGGAGAUUUCCAUUUUACUCAUUGUUGGGGAAUUUCGAAAAACGACAAUCCUUCCUAACGACCAGUUGCCAAUAAAAUUUUGCAAAAAUAAAAAUUCUGCUUGCUCCAUGAAUUAAAUAUGGCUGCAAACGAGUCAGAAUCUUUAACAAAAAAAGAUGUUGGGAGGGAAAAAAGCAUUAUUCAUCAGUGCAUAGAAUUUUUGGAGCGUGACACAAGGGGAAUACAAAUGUUAACUUAUGGAAUAACGAGUUUAGGCCUCAUGACAGCGCUGUAUAGAAUUCGUCCAUUUGCAAAAUUCAAAAGGCCAUUCGACAUUCCAUCUCGGUUUAUUAAACUGCGGGUCCCACUGCAGGGUGAAGUGGUGCGGAUAGAACCAAGCCAUGGAGCUCUGUUGAUGAUCGAUCAUACACCCUUGAUUAGAAUUCCUAGACUGGGAACCCCUCAACUUUUAUCUGUCAAAGUUGCUGGGGUCGACGUCACAGGUCACGGUAUUAGUUGGCUGCAGACUGUAGUGUGUGGCAAAAAAGUCGUCUUUAUACCGAUAGCCCGAAAAAACGAGUAUUUGGAUUGCACAAUAAGCCUGCAAGAAUCAAAAGAGAGUACAUUAUCGAUAGGUGAAGAGCUCGUGAGGCUUGGAUUCGGUACAGUCGGUAAAUUUGAACCUGAAGGAUCGAGUGAUCAACAAAUAGCGGCAUACAAAGCUGCUCUCGUCGCCGCACAAAAACGAGCCAAACUCGAGCGAAACGGCCAUUGGCACUUCGCGAUAAAUCCGACCUAUCUAUGGAAAUUGCGAUAUCUCAUUCACGUCAAACUUACGAAAACGUUGCCUGCUAGAAUAUCCGCUCAGUUAAGCUUUUGAAAGCCGUCUACUGUAAGAUCUAUUUCGAAAAAUUCUAGUAGACACCGAAAUCGAGUGGCUUUUUAAUUAUUGAUCGAGUACUUAUAACGAAAUACAAAUGCAAAUCCCUGUUGAAAUUGUGCAUCGUGGUUUCUGUUAACGUUACGAUGUUUGUAAUGGUGAGAAGUUUAUACAAUAAAAAUGUUUAUAGAA